CUGUGGGAUCUUUCACAGGGAUGUAAAGCCUGAAAACAUUCUCAUAAAACAAAACAUUUUGAAGCUUGCAGACUUCGGCUCUUGUCGAAGCGUGUACUCCAAGCCUCCGCACACGGAGUACAUUUCCACACGCUGGUACCGAGCCCCGGAGUGCCUCCUUACUGAUGGAUAUUACAGUCUGAAGAUGGACAUCUGGAGUGCUGGUUGUGUCUUCUUCGAGAUCAUGAGCUUGAACCCUCUCUUUCCUGGAACCAACGAGUUGGACCAGGUUGCCAAGAUCCACAACGUGUUGGGAACACCUGAUCAAAGUACACUGCAAAAGUUUAAGCACAGGUCUAGAGCGAUGCAUUUCAACUUCCCCCCGAAGAAAGGCACCGGCAUCUCCAGAUUACUGCCCAACUGCCCGGCUCCAGCUCUGUCCCUGCUUUACCAGAUGCUUGCAUACGAUGCAGACGAGCGCAUCACUGCAGAGACGGCGCUGAGGCACACGUACUUCAGAGAGAUCAGGAUGGCUGAGAAGAAAGACGAGACUCUUCACAGAUUUUCAGAGACUUUGGAUGGAGUAGAAUGUUCCAUGAAGCAAACCUCCCGACCAGCCCGACUCUGUAAACAACUGAGGGGAAGACACACGAGGCAGACGCCUUUAAMGAGCCACAACUCAAAACGUGUAGCAGACCCCCUCAACAGGCGGAACGUCCCUCGUGGUCCGGUGGAGCUGCCAAAGUUCAACAUGGCCGUUUUAGGACCUCACAGCACAUUUCCUGUUACCGCUCUGCCUCCUCUCAUGCACAGAGGAACACUGCCAGCCAUCACACCAAAAAAGUGCCACCCACAGUUGGCUAAGCCCAGAGAUGACUCACAUGCAGCUUUCAAAACCUUCUAUAUGCCACCUCUGGAUCGCAAACAUGGAGGCAUCUGAGAGUCAGAAACACUGAAGUUUCAUCAAAAAGAAAAAAAAAAAAAAGUACCGUAGGUCCUCUGGAUGGGUUCUUCUGUAGUGAAACGU